GUGAAAAAAAUUCUUUCUCAAUUUUCCACAUUUCUUACGUGACCCAUCGCAUACGUAACUAUAUAAUCAUUUAAAAUACAUACCACACAUAUAUGUAUAUGCAUAUAAAUAACCAUACGACUUCCGUUCGCAGGGUGAUUGAUUAGGCGCAUGGAAACUGGAGCACAAUCAACUGUUUAAUUUCAAAGAGUUUACUCGGAAAUCGUUCGUCACUGUACGAAAAGUCUUAUAUCAUCCAAGAACUACGUGGUCUGCCUUAUACUUUUCGUUUACUCCUAUUUUUCUCCCUCGUUUCCCCAAGCACCUAAAAGAUUUCCCCUUUACGCCAAUCGUAAGAGAGAAAUCUCUAUGGCGUCUGCAUGAUACUCAAUUUCAUGGUAAUUUCACUAUAGGUGUAUACCGAGAGGACAGUUCGCUUCGUUCUUGCAAAUAAACGUGGCAUGUAAACACGUCCCUACGGAAACGACAUCCUAGCUGCCUGUUCCACCAGAGGGAUGCACACGCAGUCUCUACUGCUAUGCACAUUCACCGGUCUAUACCAAGGAAGAGGAGUUUCAAUGUGCAGCUUAGAUUCUUCCACUGAAGUAACAACGAAGUUUAGCUGUUAAAACGCGGAAACAGCUGUUUAAGCUUAUCUAGCUCACCUGUUCACCCAUUUGUUACAGUCGGUAUCUCCAGUUUCCAUGAUGUCGACGUUCUACGUGUUGACACGCGCUGGGACAAGAGCUUGGUUCCGUAAACUCAUUUGCGACGUAGCUGUUUCCGUAUCUAAGCAAUAUUAUUAUUUAAAGGUGACGUCGUAUCAAUUUUCAAUUAAUUACGUAAUUAUUUAUAUAGAACACUGGACGUCACAUGAUCAUGGGUGAAAAAUCUAAAGGAGAGUACACAGGACUCGUAUUACAGCCUAAUUAGAAAUUAGACUAAUUCUUUGCUCAUCUACUUCGCGUCCGGAUAUCCGCUAGAGAUUUAUUCAGACCCUAACAGAGUCAAGCGACAGAAGGGUUCGUGUCCGUGCUAAAGGACGCAAGAGGUAACGCGAUACGAUUUAAUAAUUUGAAAGAUAAUAUAAUAUUCUCAGGGAACGAAUGUCAAGUAAUUUAGAAGCCGUUGCCAAAGUCAGCUGUAAAUCCCAGGCAUACCAAAGCCAUACUGGUAGGAGUGAAUCGGUGCAAUUGACGUUCGUACUUGCCGAACUUGCAAUUAGUUCCCUGCCACCUAGGAAAGCAUUGGGUGCUGCUCGUGCAUCGACCAUUCGUUUCGAAGUGCCGAGGAGCAAUUAACGGCUUUCGACGGCUUCGAUUGUUCAGGGUGGUAUGGAGAGGGGGGAAGGGAGUGGGUGCGUGCGGAAGUUUCCUAGCAUCGAUAACAUCCGGCCUGGUGGUCCAGGAUGGUUCGCCUAUGCCAAAUCGAUUUUCAGCGAACAUCGAUCGUUAAUCCUAAAUUCCUCGAAAUUCCUGGGGACACUCCGUGUCCUCUUCUAUUGCUUUCUCAUUCUAUUGUAAAGCUAUCUAUCUAUCUCUCUCUCUCUCGCGCACAUAUACACGUUCACUAUUAUCUAUUCCCAUCCUGUUUUAGGUAUCCGUCCACUUUCUCGCACUCUUACAUAAAGUCACGCUCGCAUGGGGCUGCACGUUCAAUUUCGAAUCACGCGUAUACUAUAGGAACUACGCGACGUGUGCAGAGAGUACGUGGUGAUGACAGGAACGUGACGGAGUGCUAAUAAUACAUCUAAUACCUUACUACGUGAACGAGCGUGCACCUAUUUUCCUCGCUGGGUGUACGUGUGCAUAAACCACCCCCGAGAUGCUCGCGGGAUGCGUCCGUGUUCACCCUCUGUGGACUGGCAUCGAAAUCGGAGGGAAAAUAUAGCGGUGGAUUGGGGGGUGGAUAAAAAGAAGUGGAUGACAGGUACAUAGUAGAAACUGGGAAUGACCGUAUAUAUGUCAUAUACACAGGUAGUACGCGGUAGAGGUUAUGUACGAUCAAUAGUUAAAAUUUGUAUUUAGACGCGUGCUUUGGAUCUUUGAUUUUAUUGUUAAAAGAAUUGAUGAGUUUAUUAGUUGAGGUGGCUGAUGACGGAGGGCGAAGAAAAAGGUGUAACCUUGAUGGAUCAUCACUGAUAUCCUUGUAGAUACGCGGUAGCGUUUGGCCAAGAGGGGUUGAAAGCUUGUACAUAUGCGCGAUACUGAGAGUGCUAGAAAAGGGGACGGAGAGAUCGCGAGGAAGAGGACGAAGAGUUACCCGGAGAGAAGGUUCAGGCUGGGCUAUUUCUCAGCUUCAGCAGCAGAGCUUUUCUUAGUGGGAAUAUAUCGACACGUCAGAAACACACAGACCCGUUUACAAUAUCCGUAUAUAGGCGUUCGUACAGCCAUUCUUCUAGAUUCUCAUAGCAUCCUUAGGACAGAAGAGAAUAACUAUCGGUCCUGUUACAGGAUGCCGAUCUAUCUCCAGGGAAAUCUCUGGACGAACGUUAUCCCUAUUGAAAAGUAAUCACACCUCUGGCUGGCGAUAGGUAUACCAGACAUUUCGUAUCCUGGUCUUCGGCAGAGUCCACCUUUAUUACUAUAGCACGUUCUAACGGCAAUGGAAAAUUUUUUACACUCUCCUCGACUGUCCCGAACGGACGAACGCUUGUCGGCCGAAGGAGUAAAGCGUGCGGGCAAUCAGUGGGGCGCACUAGGACGUCCUCUGGGAAAGGAUAGAACCUACUGGUGGUGCGGGAGUACGAGCGAGUCGGUAGAGAACGCGCGAGAGCUCCGCUGUAGGUUGGCAAACCUCCCUACGACUCUCGCCAGUCAGUCGGCAGCCGGCAGCCGUUCGAACGACGCGUCGUUUCGUACUGCAUUAAAGCGUUCGAAUUACGCAUUAUCCGCGUAUACACCGAGAAAGAUUCGUAGGAAUAAUUACUAAUAUUCUCUUAACUAAGAUAAAACAAGUAAAGCACUCUGUCCGUAUCCGUCUUGUAGUUUUUUCUCUUGUCUCUGUCGUUUUAACCUCAAAUCCACGAUUUCUACUGUGAACAUUUAUUUCCACACGUGACAACAGUGAUGACUCGUCGAGACUUGUUUAUUAAUAUACCGCACGGUGACACUACGUGAAUCUGUCGUUACGACGUCAUUCUGAAUCUCCUAUUCUUACAUUUCACUUUUAAUCCGACUUCUGAAUUUCGUAUUUCACGCCGAGACGACUUUUGUCCUCGUGGCACUGAUUACCGAUCGACCGAGGAUUCUGUGAACUCGUACUCUUCUCUUGGUCUCUCCCUCGCUACAGCUCGAGUCUCUUGGAUUUAACGCCUGUCAGACGCACGCUACCCUUCCUGCGAGGUGAGAGACUCCUUCCUUCUGUGCUUUACGCUUGUCCGCGAUAUCAACGUCUACGGCAAAGCCUUUAGCAGCACGAUGCAGCGCUGUUCGAAUUUGCUUCGGUUUAACGGCAUGUAAUUUUUCUUCAUAAUACGGGGAACCUCCCGUCGAUGACUUAGCAUAUUGAUAAGACGGGAGGAUCCGGACGGCGAUUAUGAAAGUGGAAGGUGGGAUCGCCACGACAACUGUGCUUCACAAGGUCAAGGUCAAGGAAGAGGCCAAGGAAUGCUGUGGCUUCCAACAAAGCCCACAACCUUCCUCGACUACCCCGACGACGAGUACGGGUACAACAAGCAGCAGCAACAGCAACCCCAGCACCGUAGCUACGGUGACGGUGACUGUAGCAACCACCAUACCCGUCACGAGCAGCACCACCGUAGCAGGUACCGCAUCGACGACCACGAGUAUCGGAACCACGAGUUCAACCACCACGAGCUCGGGAACCCUUCAACCCUCGAGUAUUAUUUGCCAUCCAACUACCCUGACGUCGAGCGUUAAUAACAAUUUGGAGCCGUUCCCGGUUGACCUGGAUAUCAAGAAAGGAAAGGUUCUCAGUCUGGUCUGCUCGUCGAGGGAGAAAUCAAGGGACGAGGAUUCCACGAGGGACUGCAGACUCUCACCCUCGUCGCAGAGGUCGCUCUUGCAGACCACCAAUGGCUCCAGUCGAGUGGAUAACAAAGGUUCCUCCAGGUCUUCGGACAGCGAGAGUCCCGUGCCGUCAUCUCAAAGUCAUCUCAAGUCCGAGAAGGAGGACAGCAGGCUAGAUGAUUCUCAGCAGAUCGAGGCUACCGGGUCUGGACUGUCUAAUGGAAACGGCAGAGGCGUUUCCGGUGUCUUUGGCGGCCAUGGGAAACUUAAGAGGCUGCUGGGUACCCUGGUCCAGUUCGCUACGGAUAUAUCACCGGAUACCGGAGAUACAGUCAGAUCAUUGGUACUGGGACUGCUGAGCGGCACCAUGACUGCUGAGGAAUUUCACUCAGCGCUUCAGGACGCCACGAAUUUUCCUCUGCGUGGAUUUGUUUUGCCAUAUUUGAAGCACACUCUGCCGUCUUUGCAGAGGGAUCUGAACGGAGCAGCCAGGGCAAAUAAUCAGACUUGCGCUCAAUACUUACGGUCCAAUGAGUCUACCGUCUUGGAAGCUGUGGGUCUGGCGUCAUCUUCUGGAGAUGAAAUAUUUACUGAGCAACCUGGUACCGCUGGUACCGGAAGUAGUACUUCUACGCAUUACGCCGGUCGUACUGGUACCAAUUCAAGUUCCGGUUCUAUUCAGAUCAACACGAAUCCUGGUAGCUUGCAUCAUUAUACGGGCACGGCUAAUGCACCUAAACGUCGUGCUUCGGAUACACCGUACUAUGAGAAUGGCGGGGGCCCACUUUUCGACGAUGGACCGGUAUAUGGGAAAAGAUCAACGAAUCCUUGGAGUCAUCAUCAUCAUCAGCAGCAACAGUCGGAUUCGUAUUGUUGGUAUAAUCCCUUACAUUCAUCUGGUGGAUCAUCGAUACAAAAUCAUCAUCAUAGUCAUUCUCAUGGACCGUCGCCCAUACCGCCUAGUUUGGUGCAGAUUAAUCAGCUGACGUCGUGUGGGCCUCCUCACGUACCGCAGACCCAAUUGGGCCACAUGCAAAAUCCGAAUGGACCCAGUCUUGAUGAUGAAUGGAAGAAUAUUCAUGUAAUGCUUAAUUGUAUCCUGGGGAUGGUCGAGAAGACUAAGAGAGCUCUGGCGAUUUUGCAACGACGCGGAUGCACCAGUCCUGCUGCCGCACCGACCAUCGCUGCUUCCGGCGUCACGGCACAGAAUGGAAGUUCCGGAAGUGGACCCACGACGACCAAUGGUUCCCAGAUGGACACCACGGGAAAUGAUCGUGAUGGCAGUUUGAAGAGACUGUCUGGGGAGAUUGUCGCGCAGACUAUUCGUGCCACAGAGGACAGAGUCGCGGAAGUGAAGAGAAGGGCUGAGGAAGCCGUGCAGGAAGUAAAGCGCGCAGCUGUCGCUGAGGUACAGAGAGCCGUAGCCGUAGCCGUAGCAGAAUCCAGGGCAACGGAACGUCUGAGAGUACACCGACUCCUGGAUCUACCUCUGUCUCAAAGAAAUCAUGGUCUACGUCAAGGUCCCUUUCUUCGCGUUCCUGGACAUGCAACUGCUAACGAACAGAGUAGUCGUACCAAUAAUAUUCCAUCCGCGACAACGUUGUCGGCGAACCCGUCCUCUGUUGACGACGACAAGGAGACUCACUUGACAAGCAUCAUGGGAUCCAGUUGCUGGAAUUGCGGUAGACCUGCCCUAGAGACAUGUGGAGGUUGCGGAGUAGCAAGAUAUUGCAGUUCCUUUUGUCAACAUCGCGACUGGGAAGCUGGAGGACAUCACGCAACAUGCAACAACCCACUACCUCGAGAUCCGCCAAGAUCGUCCUCUAGGAGCCCGUCAUCCUGCACCGUUCCCACUUCCGCUACCGGGUCCGGAAAUGAUAACGAGAGCGAACCUGCACCUAGUGCUGUUAAUACAAUCGUUAAGGGGAAAUGACGCGACGGUAAAAACUAUCGCGGAUUACGUCACCACGGUAAACGUGACCCGACUCAUGCGCGUAAACGAUAUUAAAAGAGAGCAGUAAGGUUGAAAUUGGUUCAUCCAUUAUCGAUGAUCUCGCACCUAGGACUUGAUCUCAGAGUCAUUCACAUUGCUCUAAACUAAAUGCUUAUUAAAAAUUCUUAGGCUUACACUCAUCGAGGAUUCGACGGUCCAAGGAAGUCAAACUCAUUAAUAGUUGUACUCAUUAUUUGCAAGGAGUAUAAUACACUAUUUGCACCCUAAAUGCACUGGUACUAGCAGUAUUAAUUAUAUUGAGCACUCAAUUGGUUUAAUUCCAUUUUUUGUCCUCGUUUACUUAUCGGUGUUACGGAACACGAUCGACUUGAUCGUGGGACUUUUAUCAAUCUUAUACUAGUCAAUUGAUAGGAUAAUCAAUCAUUUACGACUUAUGUAAGGUAAAAGUCGACAGCACUUCUUACUUUGUACGUACUGGUAAAAGUAUCGGGUAGUUAAGUCUAGUCACGGAACGGUGAAUGUACCGGAUCUGUCAUUCAUUGAUGACACAUGUUAGGAAAACUUUGCUCAAACUUAAAUUAUGAAUUACCGAAGUCUCCCUUAGAAAUAUUGUGUUGCAGGGAUGUACGAUGGGUUAUAAAGUGUAUUUACGAAGUAACGAAAUACAAUAUUCUAUGUCAUAA